AUGGCAACGCAACCCCUGCUGACCUCGGAGAAACCCAGCCAGGGCCAAAGGUCUCUGUUGAGUCCUCCCACUGUCUGUGCUGUGUGUUUUGGAGUGAAGACCACAGGAGGAGCCUCUGGAAAUUACGGCCGCCCGUGGGCUCUGCGUGACCUAAACUCAUUUUUCCAUCUUUUGACAAGAGGAGAACAGAAGAGGCAGACGCAGACGGCAGGGUUCGCUCGAGUUCGGAAGUUUCCUGCAGAGGGCACGGAGGGUGUGGGCCGAAGCCUUGUUCUCUGCUGCUGCGACUGGAAAGAACAUGUUUGA